UUCCCAGUUGACAAUCAAGCGAAGCGAAAUGCAAAAGCAGCUCAAGCGGAACAUAUUUUUGCUACUAUGCCUGGUAGUGACCUUGACAAGGUGCGAGUCUAGCGGAGAGCCUCAUAUUCGAGUAAAACGCAUAGUUGGUGGCAAGGAAUCGAAGGCGCCACCAGUCGAUGAUCCUGUAGUGUUCGCGCGACUCUUCAAUCGCGAUGCCCGUAUCGAGGGCUUUCGUAAUCCCAAUACAGGAAUCUACUCUUUCCUGGGAAUGCACUACGCAGAGCCACCUCUGGGCCCUUUAAGAUACUCCCGGCCGGUCUACAAGAGAUUGGGUGGUGAUUUGAAUGCCACCAAGCACGGACCACCUUGUAUACAACCACAUCCGCAGUUUCCUCAGCGGAUUAUUGGCGAUGAGGACUGCUUGCUGCUGAAUGUUUACACACCUCAAAUGCCGGACGAGAGUACAGGUCUGCCGGUUUUCGUUUGGAUCCAUCCGGGUGGCUAUCGUUAUGGUUCCGCUGCGCAAUACGAUGCCACGCCCAUGGCUCAGAGGGGCGCAAUUGUGGUGGCUCCGCAAUAUCGUCUGGGAUCUCUGGGAAUUAUGGGCGAUGGCACCAAACAGUUCGAUGGAAAUCUUGCCAUGUUUGACCUGGCCGCCGCUCUCCGUUGGGUCACGGAUUAUAUCUCCUAUUUCGGUGGUAAUCCCAAACAGGUUCAGGCUAUUGGUCAUGGAUCUGGAGCAGCUAGUGCUAUGUAUCUAUCCAUGUCCCAGACGGCAAAGAGUGCCAGUGAUGUUCAUGGUGUGGUGGCCAUGUCUGGGACAGCACUGUCUCAGUAUGCCAUGGAUAAGGAACCAGUUCAGAGUGUCGAGGAGGUGGCCAAAAUCAAUGGAUGUCCCACUGGCAACGAGUUGGAGAUUGUCAACUGCAUGAGGGGGAAAAGCGCCGAGGAGAUCAUCAAGAACGAUGACAAAGUCCAAACCGAACGCUUGGCAGGACGAGCUUUGGUCAAAGGGUUAACUGGCAAUGUUGGUUUCCAACCUCACAUUGAAAGCGAGGAUGAUGGAAGAGCAUUACCCAGUCUUAUAGUUGGAGAACCGGAACAACAACUUAAGAGCAGUAACUUCUCGGGGAUUCCCCUGCUGACUGGAGUUACCAAACACGAAACAGCUAAUUCCGUGACUGUGGAAACUAUAGAAAAGGUUUUUGGUUCAGCGGAGCAGUUUCUGGGAUCUCUUAGUGACUCUCUAAAUAAGUUAACGAGUUUCCUAAAAAUCGAUAAGAUAACUGGUCAGAUUGCCAAACCGGAACUGCCGGGACUAACGAGUGUCCUAACACCAACUUUGCAGGAUGUGUGGAAAGUGCCUCAAGCCCUGAACGUAGAUCAAGUGCUCUCCAAGGUGGUGGAGUCCACGACAGAUGUUCUCUUCAAUCUCCCAGCAGUUCUGACCACCCAGGUUUGGUCUAAACUAGCUCCGGCGUUUAUGUACAGCUUCGAGUAUAAUGGCACCAAGUCGAAGGGUAUCAAUUUUCUAAAAGGCCUUCCCAUUGUCUCAGAAACAGCUCACGAUAAGCCCGAGACAGUGGGUCAUGGAGAUGAGAUCGGCUAUAUGUUCGAUGCCAAUGAUAUUUUUGGGAAUCCUUUAGAGGACACCCGCUUAACCAGUGCAGAAGAUAUUAAAGUUCGUAACAACCUCAUCGAUCUUCUGGUUAAGUUCGCCAAUAGGGACAAAGACAAGGGUAACAAAGGUUCGUCACUCUUCCAAAGUGUUACCGGAAAAGCUACGCCUUUCAUCAAGAUAGAUACCAAACUGGAGACUUCAAAUGAUUUCCGUUUCUGCGAAUUGUCCGUUCUGGGUGCUUCACUGUCUCCGCUGAGCUCCACCAGCUGUGCGGGAUUGGGAAAUCUAUUGGGCCAACUGGGUGGUGGAUUGGGUGGUGGAUUGGGCCAGACUCUGGGUGGAGUGGGCAGCACUUUGGGUUUGGGUGGUAAUGGUGGAGGUGGUAAUAGGGGCCGAAAACCAGGAAGCGGUGGUCUUGGUCUGGGGAUUUUGUAGGGAUUAUGUUUAUGCGAAGAAAAAAUUGUGAAUUAUAUUUAACGAAUAAAGAAAGAAGAAAGUUUA